UUCUCUUGUUUAAUGACAUACUAUUAUUAGCUUUAUGAAAAAGCAGCUGUGCCUGCGGCUUUUGUAUAUUCCUCUGAGGAAAAAUACUGAGAAAUGCAUAAGAACACAUGUAUGUAUGGCAAGACAUCUAAAAAUAUGGCCACAUGUUUAGAUAGCUUUCAAAACGAUGGCUAUAUGGCUUUCCCACAAACAAUUUAUUCAGCAGGACAUUGAUCUCAACCAGGAGCUGCUAAUUGAAUCAGACAUCCGAACACUCAGUCACUUGUCAGAUUGAGACUCUUCCACGAAAAUAUACCUACUACGGAAUAUUAUUUCUCGCUGAAAGCGACAUCUCAGAACACUUUCUGACUGACCUAGUUUCGUCAUUAUCACUUUGUCAAAAGCAACCUAUAAGAUCGAGGCCUGUAUCCGUCGUACCUGCCCGUUUCGAGAUACAAAUACGCAUUUACGUUUUUUGUCUAAAAAUAAAAAAUGAUCUCAUUGUUGUUUACAUCUUUCGUCUACUCCCUUAGGAUGUGUUCUAAAGCGAUCGUGUCAUCGUCAUAUUUCUGGACACUUAUUUUUGGGGACUGGGACUGGGACUGGGGGGAUCGUGAAAAAGUAUCUUUAAACGAUAUUAACACAAAAAAUUGUCAAUAAAUGUACAUACAUGGGGAUUGUAAAUUAAGCAUUUUUUUUAUAUCGAAGUGUGGGGCGAAGUGUGUGUGCACGAUAAAGUUAACCAGCAUAGUCCAGUAGCGACUGCGAGUAUUUCUGUCUUAUCGUCUUUGGAAAUGCUUGACAAUAAAUUAGAUUUUGUGCAAAUUCUCUCGUCCGAUCGAUCCACUUAAUAGUGUCCCAUGAUAUUGCAAAUAAUUGAAAGACUGAAGAAAUACUGAAGAAAUACACCUCGGGCAACUCGCAACUUUGUGUGAUUUAUAUCAUAACAAAAGCUAAAGGGAAGAAAGAAAGGCUACCACGAAUAUUGGAUACUCUAUAAGAACAAAUAAUAACAAAUAAGAUAAUAUCAUAUAUCAUAGUAAUAGAUUUAAGAUGUUAGAGAACUUUAAGAAUCUAAUCAUAAAUAAAUUGAAUAAAAAUAUUUAUAAUUUAUCUAUAUAAUAUUAUUAUAGUCUAUUACAUUAUUAACUCUUAGAACUUUAUUAAAUUUUUGUUGGUGUAGAAUAGAAUCUAAUAUUUAUUAUUUACCAGACAUAUCAGAAAAAAUCAAGUACUUAGUAUGAUUAUGAAUGAGUUUCAUUGAUAAUGUCGUCUACGCUUUUGACAAAAGAACCUUAACCUCCUCUUAGGUGAUGGACGAUAAUAGAGGUAUUUGGUUAGCUGGAAGAGUAGCUUUUAGCCGUGUCAUAUUAUCCGAAAUCUUUUCCUGCUCGACGUCUUCUACCACAGUGGCUAUCCAUAAACAAAAUACGGCCAAUGCGGCGGUUGUUGAGGUCAAUGAUUUCUGUUGCGUUGUCUUUUUCACGCUUUUGACGCUUUUUGUAUGUUGUUAGUGGCGUGUGUGUGUUUGGGGUUUGAGCUUCGGGUAUAUUGAAUAUUAAUUUUGAAGUUUUGCGGCUUAUGUAAAUAUAUUCAGCAAAAAUGAGUGGAACCAUCCAACGCUGUAAUGUCGAUUCUGCAAGCAAGUGAUGACAUAAUUG